UGUUCACGUUUUACCAACGUCAUACACAGAGGUGACGCAAUCACUCAGAGACAACACAGACUGGCUGUGCUCAGGUUAAGUGUCCAAAGAAAAAGCCCUUAAUUUUAAACAGACGAUACAUUGAAGAUAAAUAGAAUUCGCCGAAACUGAUAAACAUGUAUUUGUAAAAGUGAAGCUAUAACUAGAAUGGCUUCUGCUUAAAUUCAGGAGAUAAAAAAAAAAUAUGCACUUCACACUCAGGAAUCAUGAGGAUACCAAAAUUAGCCAGUGUUUUUCUACUGCUGGUAUGUCUCGUUGUUUAUUUGACAUAUGUCAAGAAGCACAUUGACAGUAUGACUCCUUCAGACUCUAAAGACCCAAAUCAGUCUAGAAAUGGAAAGGAUGAGUUGUGCCAUUCAGAGGAAAGUAAUUUCCUAUAUGGGAUCAUGUUUGAUGCUGGAAGCACUGGAACAAGGGUGCAUAUCUUCAAGUUCAAGAAAACACCCAAUGGGGCUCCUAAAUUAGCACAUGAAACAUUUAAAGCUAUAAAACCAGGACUGUCACCUUAUGCUGAUGAUCCUGAAAAGUGCACUGCCGGAAUCCAAGAGCUUCUUAAUGUUGCUAAAGAGAAUGUUCCUUGUGACCUUUGGAAGAGCACUCCCCUUGUACUGAAGGCGACAGCUGGACUGCGUCUGUUACCUGGUCAAAAGGCUAAGCAGCUGCUGGAUAAGGUGAAAGAUAUAUUCCAGUCAUCACCCUUUCUCUCCAGAGAAGACUGUGUCAGUAUAAUGGAUGGCUCAGAUGAAGGCAUUUCAGCAUGGAUCACAGUCAACGUUUUAAUAGGCAACCUGCAUGGUCAGGAGCAAAACACUGUAGGAAUACUGGAUUUGGGAGGGGGCUCAACACAGAUAACAUUUGCUCCACGAGAUGAUAAAACAAUCCAAACCUCACCAAUAGACUUCAUCACAUCGUUUCAAAUGUUCAAUAACACCUUCUCGCUCUAUUCACACAGCUACCUGGGACUUGGUUUAAUGUCAGCAAGACUUGCCAUUUUGGGGGGGUUAGAGGGGAUGCCCUUGGAGGAAGGAAACACAUUGGUGAGCCCAUGCUUAGCACCGGACUAUGAAGAACAGUGGGAGCAUGCUGAAGUAGUUUAUACAAUCAAAGGGCAGAAAGCAGGAGAGCCCCUCUAUGAGUCCUGCUACAGCAAAGUGGAGAAAAUGCUCUAUAGAAAAGUUAAAAAGGCAGAAGAGGCAAAAGAUAUGGAUUUUUACGCGUUUUCAUAUUAUUACGACAGGGCUGUGGAUAUUGGUAUAAUUGAUGAAAAGACAGAUGGUAAUAUAAAAGUUGAAGAUUAUGAAGCAGCAGCCAAAAAAGUGUGCAAAAGUAUGGAAACUGAUCAAGGGAAGAACCCAUUCCUUUGUCUUGAUCUAACAUAUAUCGCGGCCUUGCUACAAGAACUGGGUUUUCCAAAGGACAAAGUCUUUAAGCUUGCAAGGAAGAUAGACAAUGUAGAAACCAGCUGGGCACUGGGAGCCACCUUCCAUUACAUUGAAUCCCUUCACAAACACUGAUGAAGGACUAGUUUGUGCAAUAAUGUAGAAGCAUCUUAUUAAGAACCGUUUUUACAUUUAUGAAACAUUUUGUUAAUGUUUUGUUUUUGUAACAAUUUAUAUUACUAUUUUUCUCAUUUAGAAAAUACAGCAGAUUGCUUUAUUGUUAUAUAUGUGUAAUAUAUAACAAUUUUGUAUAAACACACACACACACACACACAGGGUUAGAAACUAACAGCAUUGUGGUACUCCUACCUUUUGAAACUUGCAAGUCCUGAUGUGAAGUGCCUAAGUUGGAAUCAACAACAACAGUUGGGGUCCCUAAAACUAGGCUUACAUUUUAUUUUCCUAAAAAAUAAACACCGUUAUAAAUUUUAAUUUAUUGUUUAUUUUUUGUUAUUUUUUUUUAACAAAAGGCACCUUGGUAAAUGCUCCUACGGAUCGAUCAAUAAUCUGUUUGCACCUUGUUACUGAGCGAUUACUGUACUGUGUGCUGAAAAACUGACACUGACGGCACAAAACGGGAUGAUAGAGUGAUGAAAUAAUUGAAUUACUAACUACAAUAAUUAAUGUACACACGCAGUCUUCACUAAAGUCACAAUUUAAAGACAGUAUGCUUCACUGUAGCCCUCGAGAUGAAAUUGUUAGCUAGGUGGCUACAUUUAAUUAAUUUUUUUUUUUUAAUUAGCAGUGGGAGAAAACCACUUCAGCAAGUACAGUAGAAUCUGCCAGAACUGGUGGACGCUGAAUCUACUAGGUUGGAUAUUAAGGACAGCAUAACAAAUACAAAAGAAAAACAAGGGAAAACGCAGAUCUUUUCAAGAAAGCUGGGAGACUUUGUAUAAAUUGUAUGGGAGAUGAAGGGAGGUUUCAUUUCUGAGUGUCUGUUUUGUAAGCAUUAUGAAUGCUUAUUCACCACUGCUACAACCCAUUAGAAAAUUGACUUUCCUGCAUUUUUUUAACGCAACACUGUGAAUGUGAGAGCAUAUGUGUACAUUUGUUUUAAAAAACAGACAUCAACUAGUCCUCAGAUUUAAUUAGCCUCGGACGAACAUGAUUUUCUAACCCUGUGAAUGUACUAUAUACUCCUAAUACCAUGGUGCUAAACAUAAUCAACAUCUCUUUGUUUAAGAAGAGUGUUAAUUUUAUGUUUAGUGUGUUGUGUGUAAUUGUAUAACAAUUAUUUUAGUUUUGAAUUUGAAAGUUAUCAGAUAAAUUUUGUAAUCUGGCAAAAGCUAUUAUUUUAUUUUAGUAAUGCAUUUAUUUCUACCAAUUAUUUGUACCAAUUAUAUGAAGGAUAUUCUGCCAAAACAUC